UGAAGUGCAAACUACGUGCAAAAGCGAACACUGUGUUAAAUAUAAAUGUUCGCUAUCAACAAUUAAUCGUAUAAUUCGUGAAAAAGAAAGACUUUCUGCGCAAAGUACUUUGAAAAACUUGGACAGAAAGCGCAACAGAUUUAGCAACUCAAUAGAAAUUGAUCGUGCGGUAACCAUUUGGUUUAAUCAAAUGCGUUCAUCUGGCGUAGUAAUAUCAGGCACUAUGGUCCGGGAAAAAGCUCAACAAUUGGCCGUCAAGAUGGAUGUAGAAUCCGAGCCCACUCUUGGUUGGCUGUACCGAUGGCAAAAGCGUGAAGGAGAGGGAAACAAAUUCAUGGAUAGGGUGCAUCUGCGAAUAUUAAAAGCGCCAAUGACUUUUUUGAAUUGCUACCCAAUUUAAUCCAGAAUUACAGCGCUAAGGACAUAUUCAACGCUGAUGAAAGUGGACUGUUCUACAAAGCAUUGCCUAGGUCUACUUUAACCAGAAGUGGUGAUAACUCAAGAGGAUUUAAGUCAUCAAAGGAGCGCCUGACGAUCUGCUUUUUUUGCAAUGCACGAUGUUUCAAAAAUAAGACCUUGCCAGUACAGUACUUUUCACAGAAAAAUGCAUGGAGGACUCAAGAUAUAUGGACCUCUAUUCUAACUUCCUUUGACAAGGAGAUGCAAAGUCAAAACAGGAAGGUAAUUUUAUUCAUCGAUAAUGCCGCUCCUCACAAGCCAGUAUCAUUAAAAAAUGUGGAAAUGUUUUAUCUGCCGGCAAACACUACAUCAAUUGUGCAACCGCUUGAUCAAGGCAUUAUCCAUACUUUUAAAGCAUAUUAUCGCCAAAUGAUAGUACGGAAGCAACUACUUCUUCUUGAAAAAGGAAACACGGUUGAAGAAUUUAAGAAAACGUUCAACUUAUUGACAGCGAUUCAUAUGAUUAAACGUGCUUGCUGGAUGGUUAAACCUGAAACGAUUGCCAACAUUUUUAAAAAGUGCCAAUUUGUCAAAGAAUCCUUCGAGGUUAAAGAGCUUUCACAAGAAGCAGAUGGAAUAGUGGAACUUGUGAAUAGCGAUGAGUUCCUUCACGAGGAAUAUUUAAAUUUCGUUCACUGCGAUGACAAAUUGCCCUGCUACGGUGAAUCGACUGAUGUGGAUAUAAUUGCAGAAGCAGUUUCAGGGGCAGAAGCACUUUCAGAGUCGUCUGAAAAUGAACUAAGCAUACCCACUAAGAGAGAAGUUUUUGACUCAAUCAAUGUUCUACGUAAAGCACUUAAGCCUUCUAAUUCAUUUAUGCAAGAAAUUGAGGAUAUUGAGCAGUAUUACUUCUCAAUAAGCUCCAUAAAAAAUGUUCAAUCCAAAAUAACAGACUUCUUCAAAAAUUAAAAAUAAUUAAUUAAUUUAAAUUAAAAUUAUUUACAAAUG